CGCACAGUUGCAUAAUCAGGCAACAUGGCCGCAUCCAUGAGACUGCUGGUGCGGAGGGUGAUCCGUCUGUCCCACAGAAACGUCCCCGUCCCCGCUGCUGGAGCCUCGGCCCGGUCAGGAUGCUGCUUGGGCCCGUCGACCUGUCGCUGUUUCAGUGAAGCAGCUGAAGACAGAAACACACACUUUGGGUUUGAAACGGUGCCAGAGACGGAGAAGGCGAAGAGAGUGUAUAAGGUGUUUGAGAAUGUGGCGCAGAAGUACGACACUAUGAACGAUGCCAUGAGUCUGGGGAUCCAUCGACUGUGGAAGGACACGCUGCUGCACGUCAUGCACCCACAGCCCGGGGCGCAACUUCUGGAUGUGGCUGGUGGAACAGGUGACAUUGCCUUCCGUUUCCUGGAGUACGUUCGCUCUCAGCAAGAGCGGCAGAAGCGACGGGCGACGCGGUCCAUGCAGACGCCAUCAUGGCAGGACAUUUCCAACAACUACUCCACCGAGGACGAGGAGGGGCCCCAGGAGUCCAGGGCUGUGGUGUGUGACAUCAACAAGGAGAUGCUGAAAGUGGGCAAGGAGAAAGCGGAAAGCACGGGCGUCAGUGCUGGUCUGUCGUGGGUGGUGGGGGACGCAGAGGAGCUGCCCUUUGAAGAUGACCAGUUUGACAUUUAUACCAUCGCCUUUGGCAUUCGAAACGUCACCCAUAUAGAUCAGGCACUGCAGGAGGCUCUGCGGGUCCUGAAGCCUGGUGGCAGGUUCAUGUGUUUAGAGUUCAGCAAAGUGACCAAUCCUCUAUUGGCAAGGCUUUAUGAUGCAUACAGUUUCCAGAUGAUCCCAGUUUUGGGAGAGGUGAUUGCUGGAGACUGGAAGUCGUACCAGUAUCUAGUAGAAAGCAUUCGCAAGUUCCCAGACCAGGAGGAGUUUAAAUGUAUGAUUGAGGAUGCAGGUUUCUACUGUGUGAAGUACCACAACCUCACCGGCGGAAUUGUGGCUCUUCACUCUGGUUUCAAACUGUGAGAUGCACUUCUGACACCUAUGGAAAAAAGCAAAAGGACUUGAUCUGUGUUUCAGGCUUUUUUGCCUGUAUAACAAACUGUCUGCAGUUAUCAGACAUGAAUUUCAGAGCAUGAAUCCCCAGAGCUUCUCUCUGCACAGUGACAGGAAAUCAGGUCAGUGGAUAUAUUUAUUGAUUUACUUACCUGCUGUUGGUCUUCAUUAAAAACAGUACCAAUGUUGGUGUAUAGAGUGCAUGUCACUGAAUCUGUGGUGGUAAUGUUAAGACUGGCAAGUGAGUUAAACCAUGUAAGUGUUGUUAGUUUUGAAUAUUUUUUAUAAUGUCAACAUUUUGGCAACAAGUAAUAAAUUUUUUUGGAAAACA